GUUUACAUGACGCAAUACGACCUGCAAUGCAAUCCAAUGCAAGAUGCAAUUUAUCGUGAUUUGAAGCCAUUUCUAUUACUUGCAAGCUGCAAAUCUAUUUCCUUUUGGUUUACAACUAACCAAAUUUCUUUCAUGCCAUAUGACUGAUACACUUUGUAUAUGCCAUGCCAUGAAUCAGAUUUUUACAUUGUCAUAUUAGAAUAUUAUAAUAUGACUUUGCUCGUAAUGCAGUUUUAUUUUUUUAUAUAUUCAAUGUUGUCACCUUCAAUACCCGUUUGCAGUUUGGCAAUUCAUAUAACCGCGAAAACAGCAGUAUUAGUGUCAAAUGUUAGUGAUAUUGGCAGCCCUGACGGUGCAAUUAUUUAUUUUUUUUAUUUCUAUUGGCUUAAAAUUGCUGUGACGUUUAUAUCAUUAUAAUGAAAAUUUUUGGAAAAAUGGUGUAAUGAAUUUAUGAUUUGAAAAAAUAAUAAUUAUUAUACAUAAGUGACGAGAGUUGUGGUUUUGUGAUUACGGUUUCCUGGAUCAUAACAGCAAUAAUUUUUAAAAAUGGAUGUAGAUAAUGCUACAUCUGAAGGACCAGUACCAGGGAGUGGAAAUAUAGAUAUAGAACAAUCUUUUCUUCAACAGUUUAGUUGCAUGGGUACCACAGAUAAAGAGGAAUUGGUUCAACAGUUACAAAAACUGCUUGGUAGUCAACUCAACUACUCUACGGCCGUUUUUUUCUUGGACAUGAAUAAUUGGAAUCUGCAAGCAGCUGUAUGUUCUUACCUCGAUUUUGAGUCUCCUAAUCCUCUUCCAUCUAUGAAAAUGGUUUCUGAUCCAGUAGCAAAUGAAAAUGAGAACAUAGAACCUAAUGUUAGAUUUAAAAAAACUUGGCACAUAUUUAACAGUGGAACAGAAAAAUGGCCUCCAAAAUGCUAUGCACAAUGUUCUGAUGGAUGGAAUUUAGGAGGUGAAACAGUUCCAGUUCCUGCAUUAGAUCCAGGUGAAGGAGUUCGUCUUUCUGUAGAUAUGGUUAGUCCACCAAUACCUGGAAUCUACCAAAGCAAAUGGAGACUGUGUACACCGAAAGGAUCCUAUUUUGGUGAUCAUAUGUGGGUGAUAGUGACUGUUGUAGAAGAAGGUACCAUCGCUUUGACGAAUCAACUCUCUCAUUUUAAUGAAUUAGGAUCGCCACCACCUUCCGCAAAUACCUAUAAUCCAUUUUCUCCUCAUCAGAUUCAUAUAGGAAAUAAUCAAGACGUUGCACCACCAGACGGGAAAGAUUCAUCGAUGCUCUAGUACCUGCCUUAGAUUACUUAAUCAGUGCCACUGUUGAAAGGGAGUGCAUUUUAUGAUAUGAAUAAUAAAAAAACAUAUUUUGUGAAGGAAUAAAAGUUUGUUGAAUGAUGAGUGAUACAAUGUAUAACUAGAAAAUAGAUUAAUUUUUUAAAAUAUGUAACUUAUGUAAAAUGGCAAUCAAAUAUGAUUUUUCUUUUGGGUUUUCUUUAUUUCGAUAAAUAUUUUAAAAAUAUUACUAAGUGUAUAUUAUUUCUACAAUAUCAUGUGUGUACUUACCAAAAUUAGUGUUAUCAAUUUAUAUAGGGUGUCCUGAUGAGUAUUGAUAAACUUGUAUUUUGAUAUUUUAGGUAAGGUUGCUGUUGCUUUUCAAUCCAAAUAUAGUUGAUUGCUUUUUUUAUAAAAAUAGCAAUUGCUUUGAGAUACAUUGUGCCAUAUAUUAGAAAACUAGAAAUUAGAAAAUUAUUUCAAAAUACUUACUGUGGAUAGAGUUUGUUAUAAGAAUGUUUUUCUAAAGUAAGAAAUAGUCCGUAUAUGGCUAUUUGUUACACUUUAUGAAUCACCCUAUACAGUAAAUUAGGUAUGCCUCUAUUAUUUAAACCUCUACAAUUGUUUUCUUUGAGUUAGAAAACUCAUGAGCUAUUUAUUCUAUUCCUGUAUAUUAUUUAGAAUCUUAAUUAGCUGUGACUGUUUUUUUCCAUAGCUCCAGUCAAAUUUUUCUUUAAUGGUUCUUUCUCUGUCCAAGUAUUUAUUAUAUUUUGGUCUUCCGAUAAGUAAUAUCAAUAUUAUUUUUAAAAAUUUUCAGGACACUCUAUAUUACCAUAUUCCAUAGUUACAACACACAUUUUAUGAAACUAAUGUUACAAAUUAUCCUAAUUAGUUUUAAACAUUCGAUUUUUAUGACAGUUUCAAAGCUUCAUUAAACUAUAAAAUUCAAAA